GCUCUCAGCAUCAACAAGGAAGGGAGGGCGUCCUGGGGACAACACAAGCCAGGGAGGGGUAUAAAAGCCCAGAGCCCCGGGCACCGCACACAUACUCACUCACACACUCACACUCACACCCUCCUCCAGCCCCACCGCCCCACCAUGGCCGCCUCCACCCUGUCCGUCUGCUCCAGCGACCUGAGCUACGGCAGCCGGGUCUGCCAGCCCGGGUCCUGGGACUCCUGCCCAGGCUCCUCCUGGCAGGUGGACGACUGCCCAGAGAGCUGCUGCGAGCCCCCCUGCUGCGCCCCCAGCUGCUGCGCCCAGGCCCCCUGCCUGACCCUCCUCUGCACCCCAGCCAGCUGUGUGUGCAGCCCCUGCCAGUCAGCCUGCACCAGCUCCUGCACGCCCUCCUGCUGCCAACAGUCUAGCUGCCAGCCCUCCUGCUGCACCUCCUCCCCCUGCCAGCCGUCCUGCUGUGUGCCUGUCUCCUGCACACCUGUCUCCUGCACACCUGUCUGCUGCAAGACCGUGUGCUGUGUGCCCAUCUGCUCUGGGGCCUCCCCCUGCUCAGACCCCUCUUGCUGCCAGCAGUCUAGCUGCCAGCCUUCCCGCUGCACCUCCUCCCCCUGCCAGCAGGACUGCUUUGUGCCCGUCUGCUCCACACCUGUCUGCUCUGGGGCCACCUCCUGCCCAGCCCCCUCGUGCUGCCAGCCCACCCCCUGCCCCCCGUCCUGCUGCAGACCCUCCUCCUGCGAGUCCCUCAUCAGCCGCCCUGUGUGCAGACCCUCCUGCGUGUCCCUCAUCUGCCGCCCCGUGUGCAGGCCCGCCUGCUGCGUGCCCGUCUCCUCUUGCUGUGCCCCUGCCUCCUGCCAGCCCAGCUGCUGCCGCCAGGCCUCCUGCAAGUCCCUGCUCUGCCGCCGCAUGUGCUCCCGCGCGGCCUCCUGCGUCCCCGCCUCGGCCCACAAGUCCUGCUGCUGA